AUCUGACAUUUACACCAUAUAUCACCACAGCAUAGCAGAGCAGACCAACUCUCCUCUCUCAACCUUUCUUAUUACCAUAUAACUCCACAUUUUAUGCCCUCUUUCCCGCUUUCAUUCUUUUCAUCUUUCUUUCACCUUUUUCUUCUCUGACUUUCUUGUUACUCACAGCUCCCCUCUCCUCCCCUUGAUCGCCGGCCGCAGGUCAUGACUUCUUCUUCUUCUAACCCUCCAACUCCAAGCGCCGCCGCCCAUCUGGUCUCCUACGCUUCUUCUCCGCCCGCAUUGCACAACUCCCAGAGCACCACUUUCGUCCAGGCGGACCCCUCCAACUUCCGGGCCGUGGUUCAACGCCUCACCGGCGCCGCCCAGAAGUUCCCCGUCGCCGCGCCUCCGCGCUUCGCCGGAAAGACCAACUCCGGCGAGAUGGGCCCGCGCCGCCCGGCCUUUAAGCUCCACGAGAGGAGGCAAGCCGCCAGAAAACUCGAGAUCAGUCUCAGUGGCGGCGGCGGCGGCGGAGGUGGACUCCCGCUGUUGUUGUCGCCUUCGGCGACCAGGCCGCUGCCGCAGCACCGAGGGUUUAACGCGGCGGAGAUGGUUAUGGCGUCGCCGGUGUCGCCUCUGGAAAUGCUGGGACGCGGGACCCCAAGAACGCCAAAGUCUCCGAUGGAAGAAGAAGAGAGAGCCAUUGCAGAGAAAGGAUUCUACUUGCAUCCGAGUCCACUCAGCACACCCAGAAACGGCCGUUCCGACCCGCCGGAGCUCUUGCCUCUGUUCCCUCUUCAAUCACCUAGGGAUCACCAUCAUUCUUCAACCUCUUAACCAGUUUAUAUCUUUCUCUCAUCUGUUCUACCUUAAUAGUAUAAGUACAUAUAUAGAGAUAUUCUAAUCACUCAUCUUUCUCGUGAAUUCUAAUCCACCUCUGCUUAGCCAUUUGUUCAUGUCUUAAUGGAAUGAUAAAAUCACUUUUAUUUAUUUAUGUUUUUUAGAGAA